AUCAUGGCGACGGAAGAGGCGGAUGUGGAUGUCGAAGUGGACGAAGUGGCAGCGGCGGCGGGACAGCCAGGAAGUGAUGAAAAUACAGCAUCGGUUUUACACCAAGAUCACUAUCUUGAUUCAUCAUGGAGAACUGAGAAUGGCUUUAUUCCUUGGACUCUGGAUAGCACCAUCAGUGAAGAAAACAGAGCUGUCAUUGAGAAAAUGUUGUUGGAAGAAGAGUAUUAUUUAUCUAAAAAACCACUUCCAGAAAAAUUCUGGCUUAAUCAAAAGGAAGAUGAUAAAAAAUACAUGAAGAGUCUGCAGAAAACAGCAAAAAUCAUGGUACACUCUCCUACAAAACCAGCCAGUUACUCAGUAAAGUGGACGAUAGAAGAAAAAGAGCUGUUUGAACAAGGGCUGGCUAAAUUUGGCCGAAGGUGGACCAAAAUUGCAAAACUAAUUGGAAGUCGCACUGUUUUACAAGUGAAGAGUUAUGCUAGACAGUACUUUAAAAAUAAGGUAAAAUGGGGUCCAGAGACAGAAACACCAAAUCAGAAGAACAGCAGUGAGCUUCAGGUUAAAAAUGAAGAUAAAGGGACAAAGUCAUGGACACCAUCAUGUUUAAGGGGACGUGCUGAUCCCAACUUGAAUGCUGUAAAAAUUGAAAAGUUAUCCGAUGAUGAAGAAAUAGAUAUCACAGAUGGGGCAGAUGAGUUGACUUCUCAAACACCCCAAAAGAAUUCUAGCAGUGAUUUCUUAUUAGAUAUUUCUACUAGUAAAACGCAUGAACCUAAUCAAGGAAAAUUCAUUGCUUCUGACAACCAGGAAGAUCUCUUUUUUAAAUCUUCCAGGGCAUAUCUUCAGAAUAUAAAACAAGAUGCAAUGGAAACACUUUCAAGCUCAGAAAUUACAUUACAGACUGACAAACAGAGCAACAGUGGCAAAAAAUCAGUGGAGUUAAAUAAUCAAAAAUGUAAUGAACUGAUUAAAACCUGUAACAAGCAUGAUGGAAAUGGAAUAACAGGUGAUGUAAGGCAGAUGCCUUCUCCAGAGCCUUGUGAAAUUCAGAAAGAUCUGAGGGAUCAUGAAAUGCUUUUUCAUACUUCUUGCCAAAUGGUGGAGGAAAGCCAUGAGGAAGAAGAGCUUAAGCCACCAGAACAAGAAGUAGAAGUAAAUAGAAAUACCAUUCAAGAAGAAGAAAAACAAGCAAUUCCUGAGUUUUUUGAGGGGCGCCAAGCUAAAACACCAGAACGCUAUUUGAAAAUUAGAAAUUACAUUUUGGAUCAGUGGGAGAUAUGCAAACCGAAAUACUUAAAUAAGACCUCAGUACGUCCUGGCCUGAAGAACUGUGGGGAUGUUAAUUGUAUUGGACGGAUUCAUACAUACCUCGAAUUGAUAGGAGCAAUCAAUUUUGGAUGUGAACAGGCUGUGUAUAAUAGGCCACAACCAGUUGAUAAAGUACGAAUCAGAGACAGAAAGGAUGCAGUAGAAGCAUAUCAGCUUGCCCAGCGUCUGCAGUCUAUGCGCACGAGGAGACGUAGGGUUCGAGACCCAUGGGGAAACUGGUGUGAUGCGAAGGACUUAGAAGGACAAACAUUUGAGCAUCUCUCUGCUGAGGAGUUGGCAAAAAGAAGAGAAGAGGAAAAGUGCAAACCUGUUAAAUCUUUAAAAGUACCAAGACCAGCAAAAAGCUCAUUUGAUCCCUUCCAACUGAUACCUUGCAAUUUUUUCAGUGAAGAAAAGCAGGAGCCAUUUCAGGUGAAAGUGGCUUCAGAAGCACUUUUAAUAAUGGAUUUGCAUGCCCAUGCGUCUAUGGCAGAAGUGAUUGGUCUGUUAGGAGGAAGAUACUCAGAAGUUGAUAAAAUAGUUGAAAUCUGUGCAGCAGAACCAUGUAACAGUCUGAGUACAGGACUGCAGUGUGAGAUGGAUCCUGUAUCACAAACACAGGCCUCAGAAACCUUGGCUGUUAGAGGCUACAGUGUUAUUGGAUGGUAUCACUCUCAUCCUGCAUUUGAUCCUAAUCCUUCCUUGAGAGAUAUUGACACACAAGCCAAAUACCAGAGUUACUUCUCCAGAGGAGGUGCAAAGUUCAUUGGAAUGAUUGUUAGUCCCUAUAAUCGAAAUAAUCCUUUACCAUAUUCCCAGAUUACCUGCCUGGUUAUAAGUGAGGAAAUUAGCCCAGAUGGCUCCUAUCGUUUACCUUACAAAUUUGAAGUACAACAGAUGCUAGAAGAACCUCAGUGGGGAUUAGUGUUUGAAAAGACAAAGUGGAUAAUAGAAAAAUACAGGCUCUCCCAUAGCAGUGUCCCCAUGGAUAAAAUCUUUCACCGGGAUUCUGACCUGACUUGUUUGCAGAAACUUUUGGAGUGUCUGAGGAAAACUCUGAGCAAAGUGACCAAUUGCUUCAUUGCUGAAGAAUUCUUGACUCAAAUAGAAAAUUUGUUCCUUUCCAAUUAUAAAAGCAAGCAAGAGAAUGGAGUGGCUAAAGAGAACUGUACAAAAGAAUUGUUAAUGUAAUUAUUGUAAAGUCAGACAUUUUUAUCUUGACAGGAUAGAUCCUACUUUCAAAGUUAUAACCUUGAAAUGAUUGUAAUUUAGUUAACAGUGGCACAGCUUUGGCAUUUUUUUCUCUAGUUCACAAAAUCCAAACUUUGCCAAAUAAAUCAUGGGAAAG